AUGCUCCGCCCAGGUCUGUUAGAGGUAGUCCUCCUCCUUGCCAGCCCACUCCUCUUGCAAGUCAAAGCCCAAGCCCAAGAAUGCAGUGACUAUCCAGAACUCGACAGAUACUGCCAGGCGCAAUACCCCGGCAAACGCGCUUGGUGCCAGCGCGAGUACGAAGGGCGCUGUAUGAAAUGCGGCACCUGCGAGGGCAAGGGCGAGAAGUACUUCGAUCCCAACCUGGGAGAGGAGAUCUGCUACUGGAACGCGGCGUUCCUGGUGGACGCGAGGGCGAGGAAGGGCGGGUGUUGUCCACCAGCGGGGCAUGUGUACUUCUUCGAUGAGAAGUCUGGGCGCGGGUCGUGCUGUCCGGCUGCGUCGGUAGGGUUUGAUGGGGAUAUGUGUGUGGAUCCGCCGACACCGAAGCCGCCGUCGGAGAAGCCGAGUCCUUGUCCUGGGAACUGUGGGGGAUGUGGAGGCAGUGGCGGCGGAGGUCCAUGCAACAACUGUGGGCAAGUACUCAACACUGACAACGACAACAACUGGGCCAAACCCACCAUGAAUAACAACUGUGCUGAACGUCUCUGCCCUGACCCCAAUGGAGACACCCUCGGCCUUGAAUAUGGCUCAUGUUACCGGCUCAAGAACCCCGAAGGUCAAGCCCUCGCCCGACGACAUACCGGCAAUGACUAUGUCUGGGGCGGCUACUAUGGCGAUGUCUACCAGUUCCGCAUCUGCAAGUCAACCACCGACUGCUCCAAGGGUGGCGAGCUGGCCGUAACCGACACCUUCGUGAUCAACGGCCAGCCCGGUACGACGGGUGACUCCAGCGGUAAGCUGUUCUGGAUGAUAUCCGGCGCAUUGUGGCACUUUGCGACAUCGGAUGAUGCAGCCAGCGCGGUGCGCUUCUCGGCACGGCCGUGGUGUGGUGAUACCUGUGGCAUUUGUCUACGGGGCGACGUGAAGGGUCUAGGGCCGAUCUGCCCCGCUGCGAACCCGGGCAUUGGGUUCAAGGCCAACUCCCGGUACUGCCAGCCAUUGAUUGUGGAGAAGGUGCCAUGUAUCAACGAAGAUGCAUUUGGAGAAAGUUGUGAUGAUUGA